AUGGGCGUGGAAGUGGCACACAUCCCACCACCCAUCAUCAUUGCCACCCUUCAGACACGUAGCACGUUACCUACAAGGCAGGUUGGGAAACUCCACCUAGAUGUGUGCCCAGGAAGAAAGGGAUAUGGAUUUGGCAAAGAGCUAGAGAGUUUCUGCCACCAGGACCUUCAGAAUGACCAAGAGGCAUCACUUUGGCCAGCAAGGGAGGCUGUGUGGGACUUAGACAUGGCUAGAGAGACCAAGCUCGGCCCUGCCCAGACAGGACAGAAGAGGCCGUGGGACAAAGCCAUCUCCUGCAGCAGCAGUAAUUAUGACUUGGACUACAAGCUGUACAGGGACAAUGUCCCCUACAGGGUGUAUGAAUACCAGAGAAUCCCUCCACUCAUCAACCAUGUGCCUGUCAAGAUCCGGAAGAACCAUGUGGGCAUGGGGGUCAAGAGCAGUUUCAGUCCCCACAAGGUCCCCAGGAAUAGCCACAGAGCCCCAGGGCAGAUAAAGUUCCAGACGGAGGAGCUGCACUCCAUUAGGGGGGAGCUGAGCCAGAUCAAAGCCCAGGUGGACCGCCUAUUGGAGAGUCUAGAACGCAUGGACCAGCAGAGGGACCAGCUUCCAGGGACAGAGAGCAAUGAAGAAAACAGGGUCCCUGGAAGUAAGGGUUCCUCACGCAGAACCGCUGAACCCCAGCAGGAGCCCAGGGGCCAGAGGGCCCCUCCAGAGGCAGACAGCUCCAAGGAGAGCACAGACGCGAAGGAAGCAGUGAAGAAUCACGCAUCAGACCAGGAGGGCAGCCAGUAGAAGGUUGGAACCCCUUCAGGCUUCUCUGCUCUAGGCACCUUCCUGGGUGGCUCCCUUUAUUGCCUUGUGUGGCUUUUUGAAGGCCUCCUAGGGGCACCUGUGCAACCAGAGACACCCAUUCUGGAGUGAGGGCAAUGGAAGUGGAGGCACCGCUCGGCCAGACCAGCCAGGAAGCCUCCCUGCUAACAGUGGCUUUAGCUUUGGAGCUCGUGUUUCCAGAUGGUAGUCCUGGGGCUGGCAGGGGUGAGAAGAGGAGGUGGGCAACUACCCAGGACCAGCUCACCUCUUCAUGAAGUUGGGGCCCAGUCUUGCAAGCAGCAGCGAGACAGGGCCCCCAGGAGCCCUGACUGCUCUUCUCCCCUCACGUGGCCCCACCAGUCCUAUCUGGGUGUGGCUUCACCCAGACAGCAGCAGCAGCAGUAGCACAGCAGCAGGUCCAGGCAGCUUUUUCCAGCCACAGUAGUGUGUACAGGAAAUAUCCUACUGGCCCUUUGUCUGAAACUAAGCUUUAAGGUCCUCAGCUUGUGCCUCACAUAACCCUUUUGGUUCCAGAUGCCCCAUCUACCCUACAAAACCAUUUUCAGGAUAGGGCUAUCAUUUCUACAUUCUGCUUCUAUCUUGUCUCUUGCUGGUGAUACGUUGUAUUUCAGAUCUGCUCUGGAAAUAUGUAUUAUGCCAGAAGGGAGAAAAUACAAUUUGUAUUUUCCCUAGUCAGGGAUUCUUGGUGUGGUCUGAGCCUCAUUCUGGUCCUUGGACUGUGCCAGGCUAGCCCUUCCUAGAGAAGCUAAGCAUACCCAAAACACUCUAAUCCAGAAGCUCCUAUCAAAGUGGGACACAGAAGGGACCAGGCUGCCCUGCCUUCCUCCAACCCAGACCUGAGGACAAACCCAUGGGGUUCAGGAGCCACCCUGAUGGUCAAUCACCCAGGCCAGCUCUGCCCUACAGAAUAGCUAGGGUGCUGGGUUACCAACAUCCAGAAGCUCUUCCUCCUGGCAGUUCAUCUGCCCUCUCCCAGAAGCCAAGACUGGAUAAGAGACACCAGGUAAUGAAGCCAGCCCGGACUCCCACUUCAGUAGAGGAGGCCGCUGGCUGUGCUGCUCUGGCCAUGGCCAAGGAUGAGAUCCAGCUUUCACCAAGUCAAACCCUUUCCAGCUUCCCAAUCUUGAGCCUUGGUCUUGCUCAGUACCAAACUAGAUGCUUCUGGGGCCACACAACCCUCCCUACUCUCUUCACACCUCAGCACUGGCCCUCACUCUGGUGCAUGAGGGGCAGCUUCUCUUCCAAAGCACCUUUCCCUAUAUCACCCCUGCAGCUCCUUCCAUUUCAGCC